AGCGAAGAUACAAAUGCAUCUUCAUCUCGACAAGUUGCUGCAUUUACUCUCACGCGACACAUCUGCAAAAGCAAGAAACAUUGUACCUCCCUCAAAUAAACCUCCAAUCCUCUCAAAUCCCCAGAAAAAGACCACAAAACCCUCAUCACAACUCAUACAUCCACCAUGUCGGAACAAUACAAGGGUCAAGAUCCCCUCGACAUUGCCGCCAAAGCGGAACAGGACCUAGCAGACCCCAAGUUGAAGCAGGAGCGCGGCGGUGUUGGCUUCGGUGGCAAGACUGUCACGGAAGGCAAUCUCAGCGUCUACGAAUCUGGUAUCGACCAAUCUGUGACGGACAAAUUCCCCGGUAGCACUGCCGAGUAUGGUAGCAAAGUGUCAGGCGCAGGCAACAACCGCGAGAUCCCUCCGGAAGAAGGUGGAGACGUCCAGAAAGGAACAGGGAGACCGACCAAGGCGGGAGACUUCGACCAAGGUCAAGCCGGAGAGGGUCCUGAGCAUGUUUCAGCCAAGCAAGCUGCCGAAAGACCUGGAGAUGACAGUGUGAGAUCAAACGUCCGAUAAAGUCAGAGAGUUGGCUGUUGGAGUGUUGCUAAAUUUCAACCCGCAAAAAGACGGACAAUUGUACAAUUAGCCUUUCUAAACCACUCCAAAAUUAAUCACAUUGCCAUUCAGACAUCCA